CGAAACCACCUCCAUCCUUACUUCUCUCUCAGUAAGAGAAGAAACCCAGUCUUCACUUUUACUGUGACAGUCCUCAGGCCACUCGAGUCUUUAUGGGUGCCAAUAAACGGCAUUCUCAGACUCAGACCAACCAUGACGUCUUCGACGAAACCCUGGCAGGAGCCAUAGACCCACCACUUCUACCGAGAUUACGCUCGGACAAGGCUAUACCACACCAAACUCCUUUACCAAGAUCAUUGGUCGAGUUUAGAGAAGAAGAAGGAAGAGAGAUUCGAAAACGAAGGUUACGCGCGCUUUGGAACCACAUUUGCGAACACGGGUAUCUCACUGGAUCUCAUCCACGCAUCUCCAGGAAGGCAGACCUGGAAGGAGCUGAAAACCUUCGCGCUGAGUAUGAGCACGAGCUUUUGGGACGUUGCUUUGUGGCCCCCUCCGGCUCAUCGUCCUCCGGUUCAUCGCCAUCGUCGCCCGGGACAAUGACGCGCAAACACAUCGAGUGGAAGGAGUUCAAAGCGUAUGCAGAGGCCAAGGAAGUUGAACUCUGGGGCAUCUUCCACGACGAAUUGGAUCUCGACGGUAAUGGACGGCUGGACGCGCAUGAAUUGAACAUGGCACUGCGGAGGUCCGGUAUCCUGUUAUCACAAGCAACAUUAUCCGAGUUUAUGACCUUCCUCACUUCUUCCGCCCAUUCUCGUCCAAUAACGUUCGCUGAAUUUCGGGAUUUUCUCCUUCUGCUACCCCGAAAAAUAUCACCUGCAGAAAUCUAUAGGUACUAUCAAUUGACGAAAUUUCUGGGCGAUGACGGCCGAGGUGCGGCCCGCGUCACGAUGGAAGGUGAUGUGAGCCUUAGUGCCGAAGAUAAGCCUCCACCUCCGGCACUUACACCUACUCGGAUGCUGACCGUCGAUCCAAUCUCACACUCAUAUCCGCAAAAUGAGGGCCACGAAGAUGAGGAAGAGGGCGAUGAUAUCCAGAGCUUUUUGGACCAUCACACAGCACUCAAAUUCCUUUUGGCAGGUGGAAUUGCUGGUGCUGUUUCACGGUCAGCCACAGCACCUUUUGAUCGUUUAAAGAUCUUUCUUAUAACCCGACCCGCCGACGUUGGCAAUGCAGGGAAAGCAUUAGGCGGAGUGAGAGUGAUCGGGGCUGCCGUUUCCCGGAUCUAUAUUGAAGGUGGUCUUUUGGGUUUUUGGGUCGGAAAUGGCCUGUCUGUGGCGAAAAUCUUUCCAGAAUCUGCGAUCAAGUUCUUUGCAUAUGAAUCGUCGAAACGCGCUUUCGCUCAGUAUUGGGACGGCGUAGACGAUCCUCGAAACAUUUCUGGUCUCAGCCGCUUCCUUUCUGGGGGGAUUGGGGGGCUAAGCAGUCAACUCAGUAUAUACCCAAUAGAAACGCUGAAGACGCAAAUGAUGAGUAUUACCGGACAAAAACGUACAUUAAUGGACGCUGCGCGGCACUUGUGGAGGCUGGGAGGGAUGAGGGCCUACUAUCGCGGUUUGAGUAUCGGACUGUUGGGCGUCUUCCCGUAUUCAGCUAUCGACAUGUCAACAUUUGAAGCACUGAAGCUCGCCUACUUACGAUCAACUGGGAAAGACGAACCCGGAGUACUGGCACUACUUGCGUUUGGGAGUCUAUCCGGUAGCGUUGGAGCUACAUCUGUAUAUCCUAUGAAUUUGGUAAGGACGAGACUGCAGGCUUCGGGGAGUUCCGGACAUCCACAGAAAUAUACGGGAACAUGGGAUGUUGCUCUCAAGACAUUUGAGAGAGAGGGAUGGAAGGGGUUCUAUCGGGGACUCUUACCCACACUGGCGAAGGUGGUGCCAUCAGUUUCGAUAUCCUACGUUGUAUAUGAACAUUGUAAACGAAGACUCGGCGUCGCGUCGUAACCAACAAUCGCC